GAUUCUUUGGGCAUGUGCCGGUGAACGUUUUUUCCAUUCAUCAACAACGGCGGUGCGGCGUCGGCGGCAUUCGUUCCGGCUUCGUCCCUCCGUGUGUCCGCCGUCACAACGACCUCGUCGCUGUCAUCUGUGUGUCUCGUUAGGUCGUCUCCCAUCCAUCAUGGCUGCACCUGCCAAGUUGCGGAAGUUUAACAUGGGCAUCAUCGUGCUCGUGUUGGCACUGCUCUUGACCAUGGUGGUGGCAUUCGUCUUCCUCGCGUUCUUCUCGUUCGCGCCCGUGCUGUGUGCGUGCUGCGUCGGCAUCCUGUACGUGAUUGGACUCUAUCUGGGCUUUGAAUCGAAGGCCUGGCACCACGCACAGGAGUUUGAGAACCGAUUUUGGACCGUCAUGGCGUUCCUGUUCAGCACGGCACUGUUCUACAGCAAGGACUCGCCGUUUGCGAUCGGGCGGUACAGCACGUCGUUGGGAUGCGUCCUCGUCAUUGCAUUCACCCUCGCUGUCCAGUUCUUGGACCGGCACAUCCAUCGCGAACAACUUGCGAACCAAGGACGAAUAACACGUUCCCAGCUGCCACUCGCGACCAAGGACAUCAACCUGGCGCACACCAAAACGAGCAUCAUUGCCCAGUGCGUGGCGUCCGUCGACCCUAUUUAUCUCCCAUCGACCAUCAACUUGAUUGUGAACGGCGAUGCAGUCAAAGGACAGGAGCAACGCGUGCUAGACAUUCUCAUGAAAGCCGAGAAGACCGAAUUAAAUUAUAUCUUGGGGCACAUUCAACUGGCGCUCCUGUUUUACAAGGUGAAGGACCCGUGCCGGACCCACAUCUGCCAACUCUUGUGCGAAACCCGCGUGAUGGAGCUUACGGUCAACUCGCGCGCGAUCGUGCUGGAUGCGCUGAUGCUGAUGAAGCUCUCCGCCCACGCAAAGGGCGAAUUAUGGGCCAAGAACAUUCUCCUCCGCACCACGGGCGACGACUUGUCCAUCCUCAAAUCCACGACCGACUCGAAAGGCACGAUCCACACGAUGCAUCAACUGGUCUACCAUGACAUCCGUAGCGACUCCGUCCGAACGGCGGUGCUGAACCACAUUCAGCGGCAAGCCCGCUUUCAGCUCGCACACAUGCAGAUCAGCACCAAGAACAUUGGCGGGAAGCGCAAGCAGCUAGAGUGGCGCAAGGUGCUGAGCGAUGUAGACGAUACGCUCGAGUCGUCCGGGGGCAUGUGGCCUGCGGGCGUCGAUCGAUCGUACCCUCGCCACACAGUGUACCCCGGCGUCCUGGCAUUCUAUCGCGAGCUCGACCUAGGUCCGAACGCUCCGUCGUCGACGUGGGAGCCAGGUCGGCUGGGCAACCUCACGUUCAUUUCGGCCCGGCCGCACGUGUACAAGGACUUGUCGGAGAAGAAGUCGAUUAAGAAAUUUGACCGGCUGCACUCGACGCGGGGCUUGCACUGCUUGCCGUCGAUGCUGGCCGGCAGCGUUGCAAGCGGCACGGCGUUCGUCGUGAAGGGCGACUUGGAGCCGAUGGCGCUCAAGAAAUUUGAAAACUUUCGCGAGUACUAUGCCAUCUACCCCGAGUACAAGCACAUUUUCAUCGGGGACAAUGGCCAAGGCGACGUCCGUGCCGCCCAGCUCAUCGCCGACACGUACGGCCCGUCGGUCCUGGAAGCAGGGUACUUUCAUUUGGUCCAGCCGCUCGAGUCGACCCACGGAUUCGUCGACAAGGACACGUAUAAGCGCCAGAACAUCUUCUUCUUUGAGACGUACGUUGGGGCGGCGGUCCGCGCCUACCGCAUGCACCAGAUAUCCAAGCGCGGGCUCCACCAGGUCGCGGAAGAGGCGUCGGCGACGUUCUUGGCCAUGCAAUGGAAGCCCCACGACGCCGACCGCCGCGAACUCAAUCGGAUCAAGUUAAAUGCAGACUUUGCGCUCGCCAACGAGAUCCUCCAGGAACAGUCGGUGCCACUCAUCGGGAAACCACAAAAGUACGAUGUUGGAACGUGCAUGGAGACGCCGUUUGGCAACGGCAUGCUCGUCGCGUACAACGCGGUCACGGGCAUUUACUCGGUCGACUUGAUCGAGUGGUGGAGUCGGUCCGGCCACACCAAAGUGUACCUCCCCGAAGACAGUCUCUCCAACGCGAAGCGCCCGCUCAACGAUUUCUCGCUGGCGACGGUCGCGAUAUCGAUCCAGCACUCGCACAACCCCGCAUCGUACGUCCGCACAAGCAUGGUGUCGAGCAUGGACCCACUCCUGCUGUCGCAAGGGGUUGUGCCGCUGCGGACGGCCGUGUCGACGCCGUUUGGCCCUGGUGUUGUGCUUGCCUACCGUCCCGACCACAUCUACGUCAUUCAGCUUUCCACGUUGAAUAGAAAAGCGCAUUGCCAGCGCGACCAUGUCCGAGCCCUCGUGGUGCCGCAGGACAACACGCCGUCUCCAUCGAGUUCCAGCCGCAGUUUCGUCCGGUCGUCGAUUGGGUACAUUGCCAAGAAACUCAAGGUCGGGUUCAUGACGUCGCCGUCGCAAGGUCCGACGCUGUCGUCACCGGUGCUCGGCAUCGACUCGCCGGAACUGAUGGCGCUUGAAGCGACGACCGCACCGUUUCCAACACAUUCGCGCGUGCUUACGCCGUUUGGUGUUGCUGUGGUUGUGGCGUUCAAAGCUCCCGUGUACGAGGUGCACUUGGUCGACACGGCGCUGGCCUCUGCCAAAGUGGCAGUGCAGCAAGCCCACGUGUCCCUGCUCUCGACGCCGCACCCGGACCACCAUCCGUUGCCAGUGCAAUCGUUGGUCGUGGCUGCGCCGUUUGGGUACGGUCGUGUGCGCCGCUUCCGGUCCAAAGACUCGAUCUACGAAGUCGAGUUUGUCCAGAACCGGCAUGGGAUGGUCGGAUUCAUCCAUGCCUCGAAAGUCGCCCCCGUGCAGCAGCCGACCCCGCGCCGGUGGAAUGUUCAAACCAGAGUCCAAACGCCAUUUGGACCUGGCGUAGUCGCGGUCGAGACAAACGAGCGCGGCGUUGUGGGGGUCACACUGUCGGCGGCAAGUUUACACCAGUCCAAGGUAUUUGUCCAGGCGGAUGCGCUUGUCGAGGAACUCGAGGUCAAGCCGAGUUUGGGGCUGCUUUCACGGCUGCGGCGGUCGACCAUGUGGUUUGAAUCGAAGCCCCACGACGCGGCCACAGCCAUGUUGCCGGUGAACCCACCGGCGGUCCACCCAAAGCUUGGCAAGCCCGUGAGAACAUUGUGGGGCCCGGGGAUCCUCACCGCCGUUCGACCCACGGACAACGUCCACAUCGUGAUGUUCAAAACGGGCAUGCAAGCGUUCCUGGUAGCGGGAAGCGUCGGCGAAGUCGUGCAAGCUGCCAUGGGCGAGGUCGUCAAGACUCCGUACGGCAAGGGGGUUGUCCUGACGUACCACCCGACUCGAACGGGCGUGUUCAUUGUGCAGUUUUCGUUUGGCAUCGGAUACAUCCAAGCUCGAGACUUGGAGCGACUCCCAGACCGCGACCCCCCCGCGUCGUGUGCUAUCAUGUAAUACAUGCCUUGACCCCGCACGUGCCCAGCACACAUGCCAGGUCGAAGGGGGCGCCGGUGGUGACCCCAUUGAAUGGUCGAAUGCGCAUGCAUGAUCCAGUGCCAUUGUCGCCUCGGCCUCUACGUGUGGGGGUAAAGCAACCACGACGACUUUGAGAUG